AUGGAUUACACCGAAGUUGGGAACGAUGAAUGGCAAAGAUUGGAAAAAUCAACGAAUCAAUUGAAUGCUGUGUUAUCGGAGUAUUGUAGUUCUUUGAAACAUAUUGAGAUGUUCAAAGAUGCGGUUAUUCAAUUAAGAGAUGGAGAUGGAGAAAUUGUUGAGCAAGUGAGAAAAAAUUAAGGGGAAAUGAAAGUGGAAGGAUUUUAAUGACAUAGGAUCACUGUUCUGAAAUUUAAAAAAAAUUCUGAACUUAACCCGAUUUUUUCGUUCCGGGUUUUCUAAUUGGGGAACUUUUUUCGGACUUGACUGGUUUAUUUUAUUCAAAAUUCUGAUUUUUUGUGGAUCAAAAAUUUGGAAAAUGUUUUUAAAAAGUUUAGGGUAAUUUUCUAGCGUCAAAAGCUAAAGUUAAUUUUCAGCUCGAAGAUCGUGUCAUUGAAAACAAUGAAAACUUGACGGGACUCUGCCAUAAAAUGGAAAAUAAAUUGAAUAUUGUGGAAAAAGAAAUUGGACAAGUUUUGAGUAAAUCAACAACAACCAUACCGAUAACACCAACAAAAAACGAGAAACAACCAAAUACUCCUUCAAAAUAUGGAUAUUAUGAAGUGAAUAAAAAAUUGAAUCUGAUGUCAAGACAAUUGGAAGAUAUUGAAAGAUUGAGAGGAUUUUCAGUUUUUAUUUUUGAGGAAUUGGAAUUGAGAAGAGCGGAAUUUGAUUUUUUGAUGAAAAAAGUUGAUGAGGUUCGAGAAAGACAGGCGGAAUUAAAAGUGGUGAAAAUGAUUGCAAAAUGUUCGCAAUUUGAUGAUCCGCUAAGAUGUGUUUAUAUUCUACCGGCUUUAUUGCUCACAUUAAUGUAUGAUGCAAAAACUUGUCCAUCUUAUUUUGAAACUUUGCGCAAGAUUUACGAAAAACUUGUCAGCUUUUUAAAACAAUUUGAGAAAGAGGUAGAAAUUUCUAUUCUUUUCAAACUCAAGAUAGCACGAUAUUUCAGACACACCCUGGAAAACUUUCUCGUUUUGAAUCUUCUCCGAAUCUUGCCACUUCUUCGCCAAGAGUUCAAAUAGACGAAGCUCCAGUGGUUAGUAAUUUUUCGCGCGUCAAAACGUGACCCAUUUUUUUAAAGAAAAAAAAAAUGUAUGAAAUAAUCAUUUUUCAGUCCAAUUCUCAUUUAUCACACGGUGAAACCAUGGCACCUUCCGAUUUGUUUGCUCCGGUUGCCAAGGAUAGUCAAAUGACAAUGGCAAGUUGUCUAUAAAUGCCUCAAAAUGAAAUAGAAACAUGUUUCAGGGAACUGAUACUGAUCCAACACCAGUUCUGAGCAAUGGAGAAACUUCAGCCACUGAGGAAAAACAGGCACCAAUCGCUAAAGACAGUGUUGCCAAUUUCAACCCAGAUGAAAAGAAAUAA